AUGGGCAUAGAGGCCCCCAUCGCCGGUUACGGCAUUGAGACGGUUCAGUGGAAGGUAGAGGUCUCUCCCGGGAGAAACGAGAUACUCAACGGCACGGUCCAGGAGGUCCACGCGCAAAUCCUCGACAUCAACCCCGACUGGAAACCCCCCAAGGCUUAUGCUGCCUGGAGGAGAGAAGCCUCAAGGCUAAGCGCACCACCGUUAUUUGCGGCGCCUGGAGGAAGGCCGAGAAAAGUCAGCUGCGCCAACGAUGCGGCCAUCUGGUGGUGCAACGAUAACACGCACACCCAUACCCUCGACACCUACAACAAGAUUGCGGAUAGCGCCCAGCACAUUGUCAAUAUGUGUGCCGGCCAUUUCGUCCAGUGGGUUUCGGGCCAGAACUUUGAGUCGAACAACUGGAACACAAUCGUCCGCGGUGACGAUUGUUAG